AAAGCUUGGAGCAAAGACUGUCAAUAUUACAGAUGAGAUGAAUGCGGGUAAAUUUAGGUGAUGAUGUAGUACCAGUGGCAUUGUGAGAGACCAUAUGCAGUAUGGUCACUGUGUAGACAAAUGACCAGAACAGAUCAUCACUGGGAUUGAUGCCGUCUUAAGCCUGAAACAAUGUCAGCCCUAGGGAAAGCAGAGCUGGGAAUGAUAACAUUCUUUGCCUCCAGUCAUCCUAAUGACAAGUGUGGGGCGAAUGGCCUACCCUUGACUCCAAACUCCAUCAAAGUCCUUGGCAACUUUCAGCAGUUGGCUAUCAUCCAACAUCCCCACCUCUGUAAAUACAUUCACAUUUCCAGAGGAAAACAUGAGAGGCUGAUCAUAGUAGCUGAACAUUACAGAGAGAGUUUGUCAUCAACUCUUCACUCUGGCAAAUUCUCCAGUGAAGACAACCUAAAGCAGCUAGCUUUUGAAGUUCUAUCUGGGCUGGAGUAUAUGAACACAAAAGGUCUCACCCACCGCAACCUUUCACCCUCCAAUAUUCUCUUUGAUACAAAGGGUAAGGUGAAGCUGGCCAAGUUUGGCAUGUAUCACAUGACUGACUGUGGGGCUAAUGUGUCAUUCCCUAUUGGGUUUCCAAAGUACAUGGCCCCAGAAGUGAUUUGUGCGGGUCCUGUUCAAGUGGAUGAACACCACGGUUCAGCUAUUCAAGCUCCGAGUGGCCCAAAGGUGGAUGUGUGGUCUCUAGCCAUUAUUCUCUUGGAAGCCUUACUGGGGAAGAAGUUGUGGUCCUCGCUGAGUCUACAGCAGAUUGUUCAUAAAGUCCUGGAUUUUUUGAAUACUGACUACCACCCUCUAGAUGUCAUAGCUAAGGACAUCACUCCAGAAUGCCUGGCCAAACUGCAGUUGUUGUCUGAGGAGAUGAGAGACUUUCUCAGACAGUGCUUGACAGUUUCCCCAGAAAAACGGCCUUGUCCAGCUGACCUACUACAACAUCCAGCCUUUAGAGAACAAAGACUUCAUCAGGUUCCCCACAAGAAUGGUGUCCAGCUCUUUUCCAUAGCUCUGAGAUGUCAAGACCUGGAGUUACCGAAAUAUGACAAGGAUGGCCGUGUCAUAGACCUUGAUGAUGAUCACCUGGAGCAGAGGUCCAUAGAAGAGGUGUUCUACCUGUGGCAGUUAGCAGGAGGAGACCUGGACUCUAGCCUCAAAAAGGCUGACCUGGUUAAGGCUAAGCCACCUGUCACCUUACUACCCAAUUUUGUGUGCAAUGAAGGAGAGGUGUUUGGACAAGCCAGGGAUGGUUGUGAAUUGUUAGAUGACAAGGUCAUACUUCUUUCCCAACAGCAACUCAGACAGAGACUCCAGAAUAUAGAUGAAGCUGCCUAUUACCCCCUUCUGGAAGACGAGUCAGUGAGUAAUGCCAGCCUGCCCAGUUCACCCAGCAGCGUAGACCUGUCAGACACUGCUAGUUUACCUCUGAUAAUCAGAGAGAGGGAUAUAGAGUAUCAGUUCCAUAGAAUCAUGCUUUAUGAGAGAUUACUCAAAGCUUACCCGUACAAACGCGCCCAUAUUUGGAAGGAAGCUCGGGUAGAUGUCCCUCCUCUGGUCAGAGCACAUGUCUGGGCCACAUUGUUAGAAGUUGAGGGAGAUGUCCAGGGGAAAUUUGAUAUGAUUGACAAGGAAACUCCAACACCCACAGACAGACAGAUAGAGGUUGACAUUCCUCGCUGUCACCAGUACGAUGAGAUGCUCUCCUCUCCCGUCGCUCACGUCAAGUUUAAGAGGAUCUUAAAGGCGUGGGUUGUCUCUCACCCUCAGUAUGUGUACUGGCAGGGACUAGACUCUCUGUCGGCCCCUUUCCUCUCACUCAACUUUAACAAUGAGGCCCUGGCAUUUGCUUGUCUACAAGCUUUCAUCCCAAAGUAUCUGCAUAAGUUUUUCCUCAAGGACAAUUCCCCGGUAAUCCAGGAAUACCUGGCUGUUUUUUCCCACCUGAUAGCUUUCCACGACCCAGAAUUAAGCAACCAUCUGGAUGGGAUAGGCUUUAUACCUGAUUUGUAUGCCAUUCCAUGGUUUCUGACAAUGUAUGCCCACGUAUUCCCCUUGCACAAGAUCAUGCACUUGUGGGAUACACUGUUGCUAGGCAACUCCUCAUUCCCAUUGUGCAUUGGUGUAGCCAUCCUUCAUCAGCUGAGAGACAGACUUUUAUCUUAUGGGUUCAAUGAGUGCAUCCUUCUCUUCUCAGAUAUGCCAGAAAUAGACAUAGAGAAGGUGGUACAGGAUUCCAUUCGAAUCUUCUGUAGUACUCCAAAGAGUGCCACAUACAGGCAGCAUGCACGUCCUCCACGUCGGAUUCAGGAGAAGAAAGAUGGCCGCCCCAAUGUGUCUUACUAUUCCCGGGAUUAUAAUGACCUUCCUACAAAUGAACUGUCUAUGGAACCAAUGACUGUAGAGGAACUGAAGGCGGAGAAAUUCCCUCGGAUUUCCGCUGAAGAUUUAAUAGAGUUGAGUGAGCUCAAGGGAUCUGCCUUUUCUAGGAGUCCUACCAAGAAGUCCCAGAACAGCAAGCCUAAGCUGCUUAUCAUUGAUGUACGCUCACCAGACGAGUAUAAAAGGGGCAUGGUGCCCAACAGCAUCAACAUACCAUUCCAAACAGCAUUCAGCCCUGAGGGUGACCUUGUGCCCAGCCCAGCAGUACAUACUCUUAACACACACAAGACUCAGGUCAAGGUGGUUGUGGGUAGCAGAGGCAAAGUCGCAUCCAAUUUUGCUAAUGAGCUGGUGAGGUUGGCUUACUCCAAAACCUGCGUCCUACAUAAGGGUAUAGAUGUUUUACGUCAGACAGGUCUCCUAACAGUUCCUCCUGCUGACCUCUAACAAAGUUACGCGACCUUACAGAUCAUGAGAAUGUCAGUUUAACUUUUUAUGUUUAACUUCACAUUCCUUGUUUCAUUUCUACAAAGCUCAGGCUAGAUUGCCUUUGGUAUGCCUUUUGUCCAUUGUAACAUUUGUUUUCAUAUGAAACCAGAACAGGUCACAGCAUAUGAUCAGCUAUUCUAAAAUCUCUGUGAUGACUGCAGCUUGAAGUAUGGAGGUUUACCUGCCAGGUGAUGUAGAAAUGAAAUAUUCAUGAGUACAGCAUACAAGAAAUCAGCUAUAUGUAUUGGUACUGUAAAUUUUGGUUGUAAAAUUCUUUUCUGACAUACCCGGAACUGCUGUCUUUGUCAGAUUAUUGUUAUAGUUCUACAUGUACAUCUGAAAUGGGCUAUCUCAUGGUUCACAGUGAAGAAACACAGUUCACUGGAGAUAGGUUGACAAUUUGAUAGAUCACAAGUUGAUGAGGACAUUCAUGUAUAUCUGAAAUGGGCUAUCUCAUGGUUCACAGUAAAGAAACACAGUUCACUGGAGAUAGGUUGGCAAUUUGAUAGAUCACAAGUUGAUGAGGACAUUCAUGUAUAUCUGAAAUGGGCUAUCUCAUGGUUCACAGUAAAGAAACACAGUUCACUGGAGAUAGUUUGACAAUUUGAUAGAUCACAAGUUGAUGAGGACAUUCAUGUAUAUCAAAAGUAAAUUACCACUUUAUUAUAAAUUGUCACAUUUUUGCAAAUAAUAUCACCAUAUAUUUAUAGCUUGUUAUCAAUUAGAAGUACAUAUUGUAUGUACAUGUGUAUUAUUUUGGUGUAAUAUAAGAAUUGUGUACACAUUUUCAGUGUCUGUGGAUAUUAUGAGAGGUGCUAUAUUUUGACUGGAUACACUGAUAGUGCAAUACCACUAAAACGCAGUACAGAUACCUGUGCAUAGAUGAGUUUAUGUUUGACAAGUGUAAGACGUUGUCAAAGUUUAGACUGCGUUAUCAGAUGUUUGUUGUAAUUGUUCAGGUGUUAAUUCCAUAUUUCAUUGAUGCAGCGCGUGUAUCAGUAUACAGUAGUGAUGAGAAUCCCAGUUGUCCCCUUGGAAUAUAUCAGUAUGU